AUGGCUGAUAAUAACUCACUGGUUGGUGGUGAAUCCUUAAUGCAAAAGAUCAAUGAACAGGUGAUUAUAGUUCAGGUUUUUAUUGCCCUUUUCCUUUGCAUUAACUUGUCGCUGAUCACAACCUUUUUUAUGAGGGAUUUCUUCUACACAAGCAUGCGCUACAUCUUAUUUGCCAAUACAUUACUGUCUGAUUCUCUGAUCUUGAUUCUAACAAAUAUCUUGUUAAUCUGCAGCUAUUUUCAUUUUACCAUGCCAAUGUGGUUGUGUAUUAUUAUAUAUAUAAUUUCGUCUCUGUACAUUUUUGUCACCCCAGUUACUCUGACAGCAAUGACCCUGGAGCGCUACGUGGCUAUUUGCAUGCCCCUGCGUCAUGGAGAGCUGUGCUCCUGUGGCAGUGCUAUUCACAGCAUCCUCAUCAUUCAUGGCCUCAGCUCUGUACCCUGUAUUGUUGUUCUCUCCAUCUUCUUUUCAUCAGCCUCUCUUAGCUUUUACACACAUUACAGUAUAUGCUCUGUUGAGAUAUUCAUUUUGUACAGAUGGCAGGAACAUCUUAGGUCAGCUGUGUGUCAGUUUUACUUCUUAAUUAUGUGUAUUACUAUUAUAUUCUGCUAUGUUAAAAUAAUGAAAGUGGCCAAAUCUGCAUCAGGAGAGAAUAGAAAGUCAUCAUGGAAACGGCUCAGAACGGUAAUUCUUCAUGGUUUCCAGCUGAUGCUCUGUCUCAUCCAACUAUGGUGUCCAUUCAUAGAAGCUGCGAUAUUCCAGAUUAAUGUCAUGUUAUACACUAAUGUCAGGUACUUUAAUUACAUUACAUUUUAUCUUGCUCCAAGAUGUCUGAGUCCUCUCAUUUAUGGCCUCAGGGAUGAAACAUUUUUUCUGGCACUGAAAUACUAUGUUCUCUGUGGCUUUGUCAAGAACAAAGUUAGAAUUGUUCGUUAA